UGGAGAUGAAGCACCAGCCGCGGAGGAGCAACUGAAGGACGACAGAGCCCCAAACCGCGGAUACGGGUUUCUUCAGGGGGGGAAAGCAGGUAUCCGAGCCGCGCCGACAUCCAUCGUUGGAGAUUACCGCUGUUUUCCAGCGUGCCAUCCGAGCACAGCGCACCCCCUCCGGCUGCCACCACUCACCACUCCACUACAUGCAUUUCUGACCUGAUCCAUCCAAGUCCCGUCCACCAACAUGGAAAAUGCGCACACUAAGUCCGCUGCUGAAGUUUUGGACAACUUCGGCGUGAACGAGAACACCGGGCUGACUCUGGAGCAGGUCAAGAUCAAUUUGGAGAAAUAUGGACCGAACGAGCUGCCAGCCGAAGAAGGCAAGUCCUUGUGGGAGCUGGUGGUGGAGCAAUUUGAAGACCUCCUGGUCAGGAUCCUGCUGCUUGCUGCCUGCGUCUCCUUCGUCUUGGCUCUGUUUGAAGAGGGAGAGGAGACGACCACCGCCUUCGUAGAGCCUCUUGUUAUUCUUCUUAUCCUCAUUGCCAACGCUGUCAUUGGGGUCUGGCAGGAGCGGAAUGCUGAAAAUGCCAUUGAGGCCCUGAAAGAGUACGAACCAGAGAUGGGGAAGGUGUACCGCAUGAACCGCAAGGCCGUGCAGAGGAUCAAAGCCAGAGACAUUGUCCCUGGAGACGUAGUGGAGGUGGCAGUUGGUGACAAAGUGCCUGCUGACAUCAGAGUGACUUCGAUAAAGUCCACCACACUGCGAGUGGAUCAAUCCAUCCUUACAGGGGAGUCUGUUUCUAUCAUCAAACACACUGACCCGGUACCUGACCCCAGAGCUGUCAACCAGGACAAAAAGAACAUGUUGUUUUCUGGCACAAACAUCGCUUCAGGUCGUGCCAUAGGUGUGGUGGUAGCCACGGCCGUCACCACUGAAAUCGGCAAGAUCCGCAAUCAAAUGGCGGCUACCGAGCAGGAGAAGACUCCGCUGCAGCAGAAACUGGACGAGUUCGGCCAGCAGCUUUCAAAGGUCAUCUCCCUGGUCUGCGUGGCCGUGUGGGUCAUCAACAUCGGCCACUUCGGAGACCCCGUCCACGGCGGGUCCUGGGUCAGGGGGGCCAUCUAUUACUUCAAAAUUGCCGUGGCGCUGGCUGUGGCCGCCAUCCCCGAGGGCCUGCCCGCCGUCAUCACCACCUGCUUGGCCCUCGGCACGCGUCGCAUGGCCAAGAAGAACGCCAUCGUCCGCAGCCUGCCCUCGGUGGAGACGCUGGGCUGCACUUCCGUCAUCUGCUCUGACAAGACGGGCACCCUCACCACCAACCAGAUGUCCGUUUGCAGAAUGUUUGUUGCAGAAAAAGUAGAGGAUUCAAGUUGCUUCCUGCACGAGUUCUCAAUAACGGGUUCCACGUACGCCCCUGAGGGACAAAUCCUGAAAGGCAACCGGCCCAUCCAGUGUGGAGACUAUGAUGGACUUCUGGAGUUGGCCACCGUGUGCUCCAUGUGCAAUGACUCGUCUCUGGAUUACAACGAGGCCAAGGGGGUGUAUGAGAAGGUGGGCGAGGCCACAGAGACGGCUCUCACCACCUUGGUGGAGAAGAUGAACGUCUUCAAGACCGAAGUUUCUGGACUCACCAAGGUUGAACGUGCUGGCGCCUGCAACUCGGUGGUCAGACAAUUGAUGAAGAAGGAGUUCACGCUGGAGUUUUCUCGUGACCGCAAGUCCAUGUCCGUCUACUGCACCCCUGUCAAACCGGGAUCCCAGAGCAAGAUGUUUGUCAAGGGAGCCCCUGAAAGUGUGAUUGAGAGGUGCGACUACCUGCGGAUCGGAGCGGGGAGGGUCCCGCUGACGCCAGCCUUGCGUGACCAGCUGAUGUGUAAAAUCAGGGAGUGGGGGACAGGCAGGGACACGCUGCGCUGCCUGGCUCUGGCCACUCACGACGCGCCACCACGCAAGGAAGACAUGGACCUGGAGAAUUCCAGCAAGUUCGCCAAGUAUGAGAUGGGGCUCACGUUCGUGGGCUGUGUGGGCAUGCUCGACCCACCGAGGAAGGAAGUGAUCGGCUCGGUGAAGUUGUGCAACGAGGCCGGUAUCCGGGUUAUCAUGAUCACAGGAGACAACAAAGGCACGGCCGUGGCCAUCUGCAGACGAAUUGGCAUCUUCGGGGAGGACGAGGACGUCACAGGGAAGGCCUACACGGGCCGCGAGUUUGACGAUCUCCCGCAGGAAACGCAGAGAGAAGCCGUCAAGCGGGCGCGGUGCUUUGCCCGUGUCGAGCCAGCUCACAAGUCCAAGAUCGUUGGAUUCCUGCAGUCCUUCGAUGAGAUUACUGCCAUGACAGGAGAUGGUGUGAAUGAUGCCCCCGCCCUGAAGAAAGCAGAGAUCGGUAUUGCCAUGGGUUCUGGCACAGCCGUGGCCAAGUCGGCGUCUGAGAUGGUGCUGUCUGACGAUAACUUCUCCACCAUUGUGGCCGCUGUGGAGGAGGGCAGAGCCAUCUACAACAACAUGAAGCAGUUCAUCAGAUACCUCAUCUCCUCUAAUGUGGGAGAAGUUGUCUGCAUCUUCCUGACAGCCAUCCUGGGUCUCCCUGAGGCUUUGAUUCCCGUCCAGCUGCUGUGGGUUAAUCUGGUGACCGACGGUCUGCCCGCCACGGCCUUGGGCUUCAACCCUCCAGACCUGGACAUCAUGGACAAACCACCCCGCAACCCCAAGGAGCCGCUCAUCUCCGGCUGGCUCUUCUUCAGAUACUUGGCCAUUGGAGGCUAUGUGGGACUUGGAACAGUGAGCGCUGCUACUUGGUGGUACCUGUUUGAUGAAGAUGGCCCACAAGUCUCUUUUUAUCAGCUGAGACACUUCAUGCAGUGCACCGAGAACAACCCCAUGUUCCAGGGAAUAGACUGUGAGGUGUUUGAAUCCCGCUACCCCACCACCAUGGCCCUGUCGGUGCUGGUCACAAUCGAAAUGUUUAACUCACUCAACAGUUUGUCUGAGAACCAGUCCCUGCUGAGAAUGCCUCCUUGGGUCAACAUUUGGCUGCUGGGAGCCAUCAUCCUCUCUCUCUCCCUCCACUUCUUAAUCCUCUAUGUUGAGCCUCUGCCACUGAUCUUCCAGGUGACCCCUUUAAGCUUGAGCCAAUGGAUUGUGGUCUUCAAGAUUUCCAUCCCAGUAAUCCUCCUGGAUGAGGCACUGAAAUAUGUCGCCAGGAACCAUCUAGAAGAUGAUGAAGAGAAGAAAUACCGGAGGAGAUGGCAGCUGAACUAAGACCUCCUCCUCGCCGCACUCACAUUUUUAGACAAAUGCAGCUACACUCUUCCCUUUAUGAGCUACGAACCUUUUUCUCCCCCCCCCCCCUCCACCUCCGUUCUCCACCCCUGCAUGUCCAACAAACCACCACUAGAAACGAGCAGGGCUUGCAAGAAAGAGAGCAUUAGCGCUCCUGCCAGCAUGGCUUCAUACAAACGUGUGCGAGUAGAUGAGCACUCUGUGUCUGAAAGAGAAGCAACUACAGGGGGAAAAAAAAACAGUAACACUCCACCAGGCUUUUUAAACAUUCCUCCUCGUUGUCUAUUUUGGAUUUCAGUAGAAACAUAGCAGUGAGCAAAUACACUUUGGAGAGGGAGGACAGGGUACCGGAGGAUAAAUCUGGGUGGUGAGGGCUGCGUUUCAAAUCAGCACAGAGUCUGGUGUCCACACUUAAAAGAGCCUCAUCAGGAAGGUAGAAGGUGAGACGAGCCGCUUAUCAGGGCGGCAACUCUUGUGUUUGCUCUCGCCACACUACUCCGCUGCAGGAUUCCUCUCCUUUUGCCUGUCCUGCUCUCUCCGUCUCUCUUUCUUGCACUCUGUUCCAGGAGGCAGCUGUGGCCCCCGAGGGUUGUGCUGCUUUCGGGGUUCUUCUUGGGGUAGGGGGGUGUUGAAGGUGUGGAUAGCUUUACGCUGCUUUAGCCGCUUUCCUCGGCUCUUCUUUGAGGAACUGGGUCAGCUCAUGCACACAUUAAAACAAACAACCCCUGCCGAGGCUGAAUUAAUAAAAAACAGCUCUGGAUCCACAUCAGGAUCGGCAAAAUAAGUUAAGUUGAGCUAUUCUGCACUUCCUUUACUGUAAAUCCAUCCGUAUCUUCUUGACUGAUACUGCUCAUAAACGGACAAACCAACCACCAAAACCACAUGACCUCCUUAACAACAAAUGAAAAAAGGCUAAAAGCAACUAAACUAGCAUAUCUGUAGAAUAGUCGGAGGAUCUAGUUGUUAAACAUCUUCCAAACAACUAUAGUCAGUGAAAGGUAAAUGCGAACGAGAUGACGCUCCAUCACGUUCACAAUGCAGAACAGGUGUCUCAUUUACCUUCAAGUCAUUCGCCAAUUUUCUCACCUGGUGCCUGCACAGAGGUGUCUGCAUACAGCUGUACUUGAUACGUUCUCAGUAUAUGAAUCACACGCACAAUGUAGUUAAAGAACGUUAAGAAAAUAAACAGCUUGAAUGUCUCAGUCUCACUUGGUCAUGAGUUUAUAUAUUAAGCACAUUAUUAUACUUCCAGGCCUUAUAAAUCCCACUGCACCUCCACGCGGAAGACGUGGUUCCGUCUUACAAUAUUUUUUUAACCAAGCACAGACUCUCCCUUUCACACCCCGGUACAGAUCAGACAAAUCUCCACCGCUUCCGAUGCUGCGUUUGAUAGGAAUCCCCUCCUGCUUCCUUGUGCUGCUUCGCUCUCUCAGUGCUUUAGAAAUUGACUUCGGUAAUGUUUUAUGAGAACUAAAAAUAUCAUGUAUUUUUGACUGAAUGAACCUGUGAGGUUCAGAUUGUGUCUUUUAAAUCUUAUUGUGAGAUGGGGAUGUGGGGGUAGGGGCUUAUGUUGAGCCCCUGGUUCCCGGAGGACUUGAAGAUUUUCCAUGGAUACAAGUAUCUGCACACUGUGUCAGUCGGUUCUCAGUUUUGAUCGGAGAGAGCUUCAAAGUAUAGUUGCAUUAUAAAAAGCAAAGAAAGGCCAAAUGUUUAAUAGUUUCAGGUUCCCACAUGGGGCUCACAACCACUUUUCUGCUUUGUAGAUUUAAUGGUAAAUUCGGUGGUUAUAUUACAAAUUUGACUGACCUUGGGGCAGAGAAGGGUUGACGCGCUGUGCAGAUCUCCCUUCCUGACUAUUUUCUUGCUUCCAGAUGUUACUGUAACAAGUUAGACUAAUUUUUGUUGUCACACGGAGGCCCGUUCUCGAGUUGGAAGGCCAAUCCAACCUUAAAGCCGUUAGCAACCAGUUUAGUCACUGGACAGUCUGCAGUCACCUGCUUUGUUCGUUUUAACUUAACUAACCAAACUUGCAUGACAUAGCGUUGUGGAUUCCAUAUGCUUCUACCGUCACAUGCUCUCUGGUGGUCAUUUGGGUCCAGAUGAAAGUCAACUAAAUAAGGAAGUAUGUGAUGCAAGUUGAGGGAGUUACAAAAUAACGUUAAUGAGAGACAUCACCAGAUGUAAACGGUGGACAGGUCCUUUAGUUUCAAAAUGUCUCCAGCGAGCAACGGUUUCAUUAAAAGCUCCUGUGUGUCCAGUGAUGCAUUCAGAAUGUGACCCCUCUGUCCAGACCAGCAGACCCAUCUCUCCUCCCAGCUCUGCAGCCUCGGUAACAUGCUGGCACUCUGGCCACCAGGCACUAUAGAUCUGUACAGCCUUGUUAUUUACUACUGACUCCUCAACUAUGUACAGACGGCGACAACAUGACCGCAUGGAACUUUGUUACUGUAACAUUAAUCUAUACAGUAUCUAAUAUUUAAUUUUUUGAUAACGUGCAUCACACCUACCACGGAACUGGGAGCAAAGGUCUAUCCUCUUUGGAACGGAUGCUACCCAAAGAUCUCCCUUUUUGUUUUUGGUUCUUUUCUUUUUUCUUUGUGUUGUUUGUGUACAUGGUUGUUUCUUUUCCUUUACUGUCCUUGUUUGGUUUUUGCAGUUCUUAGGGUUUUUGCAUCUUUUAGGGAAAACAAAAAAAAAACAUAUAUAUAUAUAUAUAUAUAUAUAUAUAUAUAUAUAUAUAUAUAUGAUGAGCUAAUGUGUUAAGCUGACAAGAAUAUUGCUUACAUUAAUCAGUGGCUAUGACAUGGAUCAUUUUAGUGAUAGCUACCUGGUGUGAAAAUGUUCAAGAAAUUGUGAAUGAACCGAAGUUUUAUGACUGUACGUUGAAGGGCUUUGUGAGAUUGCGGGCUGGAGAAAUCCCUGACAAUCGUUGAGGGUCGGAGGUUUAUGAUAUUGUACAAAGCUCCCAGCAUGGUACUUUUAAGUUCUCUGCAGUUUGUAAAAGGAUGAAUUGUGAAGAAACGGCAAGAUUCAAUUCCAUCAGACCGGCGGUUCUCCUUUUUCUCUCUUUCUGACCACAUUAAAAGACAAAAAAAAAAGUGAAGCGUCUCCAGAGUUUCACCUCUAAGACAAAAAGGAUUUUCUGUGUUGCCUUGUUAAUAUUAAAUGUGGACACAUAAUUUUAUAAACAAAGAUGUGGAAAUAAAGAUUAUUUAUCUUGUUAUUUA